GCGUUUCUCCUAAUUCUUAUCUCACAGAAGGUAAACAGUAAUGAGUAUUUUGGACCAAACCACUACACACAGUUAAUAUGACAGACAGAUUAUGAACUACUGAGUAAAAGCUGCCACAUAUUAUUGCAUCCUUUUCUGAAAAAGUUCUCAUAUUGCACGAUAUCAUGUCACAAGCAUUUAGUCUUUUGUUCACUAGUUCUAAGAUAGAUUUGAGUCAAAAUUCCUUAUGUAUGUGAAUGGAUGGUCUACUUAGCUUGUUCCCUCCCUAAUGUAACUAUUCUUUCUUAAGAUUUCUGUUUAUUCCCUGCUUCUGCUAAACCCAAGAGCUUUUUCUUUUGGAAUUCUCUAACAUCAGCAAUAAUCUGUAUUUUGCUAUUAAUACCUGAUGCUGAUUAUCCCAUCAUUUGUCAAUGCCAUCUAUCCUUAUUAUGAAGAUCUUAGCAUUUCAAUAUGAAAUUUUAAUAGUUCAGUGGCGAGGCAUCCCAUUUGUUGCAUUUAGUUUCUGUUCUUACAUUUUCAUUGUUGUGUCCCCUUUUAGUGAGAUUUUAGGUUUUUAAGAAUAUAGCUACCUUUCUAACAUCUAAAUGUCGUAUAAUAAAACAUUUCUUGGAGGAAAAAUUACUUAGCAAUAGUAUUUUCAGGAUUAAAGACCAUCUAGUUCUAUCCCCCCUGCUAUGGGGAGGGACACCUUCCACUAGACCAGGUUGCUCAAAGUCCUAUCCAGCCUGGCCUUGAACGCUUCCAGGGAUGGGACAGCCUCAGCUUCUCUAGGUGAAGAGUUCAAGCUAUUACCUGCCUGGGUGCAAGUUACCAGCUCUUCUCCUGCAGCUCCUGAAGGAUUUGCUGGUGAAAUGAAGUCUGAGAGGCCAGAAGGUGGGAAUGCAUCUCCUGUUUCAGGUAUUCCCUUGUGCCUGUGUCCCUCUGAUCCUGCCCACUGUGGGCAGGCCCUCCCCUGCCCUGCCCAGGGUCAUCUCUAAGGGAGUCAGGGCUCUGUCACACACACACGUUUCACAACAUCAGCCUUCUUGAAAUGCAAGAAGCAUUUCCUUAAAAGAAGGAGGGGGAGAGCUCUGGGAAAAUACCAAAAAUGAAGCAGAGGCUGUGACUUUUUGCAGUGGCAAUUAUUUUAAGUGAACUGCCUGUAAAGAUUUUGCAGUUUGAAGUGGCAGGUUGCGUAUUUUGUGAAGACAAGAUUGUUAACAUGUGAAACAUGCUAAAAAUUGACCGAUAAAAGCACCUGGAUAUUUCAAACAUAAAUAGUGUGUAUCAAAAUAUCCACAGAGCAGAUGGCCUGACUCCCCACACACCUUGCUGACCAGAAUACUCGAGCAACACACACAGCCAAAAUCUCACUGUCUUCAAAGCUGAUCACCUGCAAAGGCAAGGGUUAUCCUCAUGCUACCCUUUAUCUGUCAGGCACAAACGCUCCUGCAUACACUAAUUAGUGUAUCCUAGAGGGAUAAUGAACCCCAGGUUUGUUUGAACUUGUUACUACCCCAGCAAAGCAAAUCACCUGUUCUAGAGCUCAGGCUCUCAAACGUUGGGUGAGAUUAAAACAACUGUGAGCUGAAAUGUGAUCUACCGUGGAAAGGUUCCAAAACACAGAGGGCUGGGUUUGCCAACCCGCUCACAGUACCGCCUGCCACUGAUAAACGGGCAACUGAGUCUGUUUCUCACUCUCAUUUUUUACCUUGGACGCUAAGACCAGACAUACCUAUUCCAUGUAUUAACCAGGAUGUAAGGCUUUUCAUGCCUCGUGUGGUUCAACAGAUGUGAAAGGGAAUUACCACUUCAACAUGAUAUCAAGACUAUUUUUUUUUUUUUUUUAGCUGAUGGCAGAUUACUGAGCCUGAAUUCUUGUUUCAUUUUAGUGUGUUAAUUGAUGGGAUAAUGAGCAUUGAUUAUAUGUGUUUUGGCUUCUCAUUGCAAUUACAGGCUCUGUUUUAUUCAUGAGCCAGUCCUAAAGAAUGCGCUAGAGAUCUAAGACAGCUUAAACCUCUCAGAAAAAGGCUCUGAAUUGUUUGAAUAAUGACACUCUUAGAUGGCAAAUUAAAGGUUCUCUUUUCCCAUGCUUUUUAAGAUAAUUAAAAUCCAGGAACAGUAAGGUGGUGAACAUCCUUAUUCAUUAGCCUUCAGUAAUUUAGCUUCUACUAAAUGAGGAAAACAUUUUAAUUCUCCAGGCCAUCUGUUGCAGUCUCUUUUGUGUGUCCUGUUACAUAAAGUCUCAUCAUGGAUAGUUUUAACAUCAGUAUUGUAUCCUUUCACCAGGAAUGAUGAGCUGGAUGAGGUGGUUGAAGUGACUACCUAUUAACAGACCACCCUGGGGUUAAAGCAGCUGCUUGGUCUUUUAAGUUGAAGUUAUCCUGUAUAGACACCUCUAGGCAAAGGAUCAGCAGAGAGGAGCCCCUGCAUGGAGAUAGGCAGUGUGACAAGCUGUGUUUUCUAAUAGUGAUAUCCAUGCUAAUAAAUAACAAGAGUUCAUCGGAGCCUUUCCAGUUCCUCUAAUGUGUGACUGCUCUCCCAUAUGGCUCUGUGCUGCUUUUGGAAGCAGGUGCUGCCUUUGGAAGCAGGCACUCUCUGUUCAGGUAGGAACUACAGCAGAGGCUCCAUGCUGGAUGCUGCUUUGGAAGUGGUUUGGAGGCAGAGCAGGUCUCUUUGCACUGUGAUGGGGAAAUAGAAUAAAUAUUAGAGUAGGAGUGUGCUUACCUAGGAUAAAUGCUGGAUCAGGAACUGGGAGAUGCUUAGAUUCUGACUCAAGCUGUAGGAAUAACUCACUUUAUAGCUUGGGGCAAGUUACAUUAUCCCACACCGGGAAAGUUUCUUAUUAAAAUUUUAAUUUGUAUAGAUGAAUGGAUGCAGUGUCGAAGUUAUUCCUGAUGCAAAGUUACAUCCCCAGAGGUCUAAGAGGAUCCAGGUUCCAUUAUGAGUUUGGUUUGUUUCUGUCAAAUUCUCCUGUAAAAUACAAGCCCCACUACUUGCCAGCCCAGCAGUGCCUUCCAGGGGCUGCUGUAGACCGCUGUAUUUAGCUGGCUCCACGAUUCCCAGGUAGUGUUUACAUUAUUGAUAGGCAUUGCUCCAAGCAGGCUGCUUCCACGGGGCAGAGCUUAAAUCCAUCUGCUUGCUAUUAUUCCCGUUGCUUGGAGAUCACAAACACCCUCACCUCGAGAUGUGUGGCUGCAGAACAAGUGUUCCCAGUAUAAAACAGGAUUCAGUCAAUCAGCCAGCUCCUGCUUCCACCAAAAAAGACCCUCUGGCUGCUGCAGGCAUGCCCAAGGGCGUACCCAUAGCCAAGCAGCUGACAUCAAUACAAGCCCUAAGAAAAGGCUCAGACCUUGAAAAGGCUUUUGCUACAGCAGCUUUGGUGUAUAACAACUAUGCUGACCCCAAGGGCAAGCUCAGCAAAGCUGAAACCAAGAGCUUACUACAGUCCCAGUUUUGGCAUGUCAUACAGGGCCAAGAAAACAAACCAAAAUACCAGGAAAUAAUUUCCUUCUUGGAUGAGGAUUCAGAGAACAAAAUUGAUUUUGAAGAUUUCAUGUUCUUGUUAGUCAGUCUCACUUUAAUGUCUGACCUUCUGCAGGAGAUCAAAAAUGUGACAACCCCUAAAUGAUCUGUGAUUUUAAAGAAGAAAUGGCUUGGCACUGUAUGAAGAAAGCAUGAGGGGGCUACACACAGAGGUACCACUGUGUGCCUGGUUGCCCUGUGCUGGUCCCUUUUAAAUGGAAUAAAGUCAUGUCCAAACCUGGUUGAA